AUGACCGAUUUAGACCCUUGGAAGGUCCAACAUCCAGAAAACUCGAACACAAACGGAACAGUAACUAACGGCACUAAUAAUACUACAGAAUCUGAAAACGCAUCUUUGGGGUUUGAGGAUAGUUUUAUUGCAGAAGCUGAAAAUAAUAAUUGUGAUAGCGACAAAAACGAACAAGAAAAAUCAAAUACUACUACUGAUAAUCAGAAACCAGAGCAUCAACCACUACCGGAUUCGCAAACAUAUUUAAAAGGAUUAGAACGCAAAUUAGACAAAUUAAAAAAGAACUCCAAACUUGUUGAAGCUCUAUCGGAAAAACGCGACGACUGCCUACGAUCACUAAUACAAAGUGAUUUGUCUGGGAAUAAUUCAAAUAAUGAUUUAAUGCUAGAAUUGGAGGCCAGCAUUAAUUCCGAUUCGGCAGUACAUAAUCUAUAUCGUCAAAUACAACCAGUUCAGGCUGUAACAGUUGGUGAAACUGUUCACAUAGUUAAAUACGAUCAGUUGGAAGAACAGCGUUUGGAGGCAGACGCCGAAGAAGACGGUGAAUUACCAGCAAGCCGAUAAAGAA